CUGUGCGGAGGUGGUGGGGUCUGCUGAGGGUUGGACUGUGCUCCUCAUGAAGAUGGAUUACGCCAAGUCCCUGAGCCAGCGCCUGGCCGCUCCUGUCUCCAAAUGUGUCUCGGCAAGUGCCUCCAUGACCCAGCAGCUGCUGUUGAGCCCGGCCCUGCGACCCCGACCCUUCCGUGUGGUCAGCUGGGACCGCAGCCUGCGCAAGGGCAUCAUGGCGCAGAGCCUGGCUGACCUGCUGCUCCAGGCUCAGAGCGCCCUGCUCGCCCCGGGUCCUGUCUCGCUGGUGUUGGAUGAGGACGGCACGGCGGUGGAGACAGAGUCUUUUUUCCGGACACUGGAGGAGGGGACAGUGCUGAUGGCCCUGUGCGAGGGGCAGACCUGGGCUGCCCCCAAGACACCAGGCUACCAGCUGAGCCUGUCCCGUAAGCCCCCUCGGAGGAUCGAUGUCGCCUGCGUCACCUUUGACCUCUACAAGACCAACCCACAGGACCUGGGCUGCCUCAAUGUCAAGGCCACACUCUAUGGCACCUACAGCUUGUCCUACGACCUGCGCUGCUACGGGGCCAGGCGCCUCAUGAAGGAAGCCCUGCGCUGGACGCUCUUCACCAUGCAGGCCACUGGCCACGUCCUCCUUGGCACCUCCUGCUACAUGCAGCAGCUCCUGGAUGCCACUGAGGAACCAAAGGAGCCAGGGAGCAGCCCAGCACUGCCCAGCCUCCUGCCCUGCAGCCUCCCACCCCUGCCACGCAGGAAGACACUGGAGUGAAGGCUGGGCACCCUGUGUCCCCUCCUCUGGCACUCCCCCCCAUCUCUUGGGGGUCCCAGCACCUAGCUAGGUCAAUGCUGGGGGGGAGGCUGCUGUGAUGCUUCUCCUUGCACCAUGCUGGCUGAGCAUGGCCAGCCCUUCCCUGCACUCCUCACUACUCUGUAAAUAUAUUUAUUUAAGUAAAGUUCUGCUUGCUCCA